UGAUAUCUCCAAUGUUUACCGUUGAAGUAAAAUGCGAUUGCGAUUGGAUUGUCUUUUACUCUAAACUGACAUGUCUAUUGUCUGUUGACGUCUCACGUCUAUCGAUUGAGUACUAAAAGGUGCAAGACGUGCUUAACAAUGUUACCAGUAGCUAGCCAUACUGUUGUUAUUGGUACUUCUCAAUACCAUUCACUUUUAGAUGGGGUUCAGAUUAUUAAUUUAGUUUCUUCAAAAAAAGAGGAAAAUGUUGAUACUUUAAAAAAUAAAGAAAAUUGUAAAUGUUUUCUCUUGGGAUUGCAUUGUUUAACGUGUCACAUAGCUUUUGAAACCAAUGAAGAACAUAGAAACCAUUAUAAAUCGGAAUGGCAUAGAUUCAAUUUGAAGCAAAAAAUUCGAAAUAAGGAUACAAUUACUGAAUCAAAAUUUUCAUCUUUACAAAGUAAUAAUAUUGAUAGUUCAUCCAGUUCUGAAAGUGACAAUGAAAUUGAUGAUUAUAACACUUAUUUUUCAAUUGAUUCAAAAUUAUUUUUUGAGAAUAAAUGUGGAAAUGCAAUUGCAUUGUAUAAAUGCUUAGUAACCACUACUAAAGAGCUUCCAAAAGAAGAGAAAAUUAUUAGUUCACUGAAAACGAUUAAAGACAAACCAAUGUGGUUUAUUGUAAUGUUAGGUGGAGGACGUUUUUCUGCUGCUAUAUUUAAAGGAGAAGAAGCGAUUGUUCACAAAACAUUUCAUUCAUAUACUGUACGUGCUAAACAAGGUAGUGCUCAAAGCACACAAGACCGAUCUAAAGGUGGAAGUAAAAGUGCUGGUGCUAGUCUUCGUAGACAUAAUGAAGCUUCUCAAUUAAAGCAUAUACAAGAAAUAGUGGCUUCUUGGAUGGAGUAUAUAAAAAUAUGUGAUCGUAUAUUCUAUCGAGCAAUUGGGCCAAAUAAUCGAAAUAUCCUUUUUGGUGGGUCUAACCCAUUAAUAACUAAAAAUGACCAUAGACUGUGUCAAAUACCUUUUGGCACCAAAAAAGCUACUUAUGGUGAAGUUAAAAAGGUCCGUGAUCAACUCUCUACUAUUUUAGUGUAUGAUUCAAAAGAAAUUUUAGAUAAUUUCAUUAAAAAUUAUAUUGAAAAUUUAUACAAAAAGAAGAAAAUUAAAGAACCAAAACCAAAAACUCUUACUCAAAAGAACUCUAUAUUUUUAAUACCAGCUGAAGAACAGUCACCAGUCCUAGAUUAUGGUGAUGAUAAAGAAGUUGUUGAUGAAGUAGAGUUAUUACUUAGUGAAGAUGAACAAUCAUCUAAAAGUAAUAAUAAUACAGAGCCUAAAAAAAGAAACAAGAAACGCAAAAAAAAAAAGAGUUCCAAACACCAACCUACUUAUGAAGAUGCUAAGGUUGAAGAACUAACCCAAAAACUGCUAUCAACAAUCAUAGAAAAAGAUGUAAAUGCAUUAAAAAUAUGUUUAUCUGAUAUUAUAACCGAAGAACAGUUAGAAACCUACAUCAAUUGUCAAAUUGAUGGUUUAGGUAACACAGUCUUACACUUAGCUUCUUCAAAUGGCUUACAUGAUCAUAUAUACUUAUUAUUACAACAUGGGGCAAAUCCAGCCAUAAAAAAUAAAAAUUCAAAGACACCCUAUGAAGUAGCACCAGAUAAACCAUCAAGAAAAGUUUUUAGAAAAUUUAUGGCUGAUUUCCCACUGAAAUACGACUAUGUGAAAGCUCGUUUACCAGGAGCAUUGACUGAAGAACUGGAAGAAGAACUUAAAGAAAGGAAGAAAGCAAAACAAAAACGAGCAAAAGAGAGAAAAAUUAUUGAAGAAUUUAAAAAAGAAGAAGAAAAGGAAAAAGAAAAAUUUCUUCAACUUAGCGACCGAGAAAAAUGUGCUAUUGCAGCAGAAAAACGUUUUUUAAUACUUCAAGGAAAAUGUAUAUUGUCUCGAUGUUUUUGUUGUGGUAUAAAUAUCGAUAAAAAAAUGGUUUUUGAAUAUUUAGAUUAUAAAUUUUGUAGUACACAAUGUGUUAGAAACCAUCGACAAAAAAAUUCAACAAAAUAA